UCAACAAAAACGUAAAACUCUUAAAAAUCAAAGGGUGGGGGGGUUUUAGAUUAGACAAUGGGGGCAUAAAAUAGGUUUCGGUUGGGUCAAAGUCCAGAGAGCACACACGCCAAACUUGACCGUUUACGCGUCACUUUCCAACGAACAACACUGGGUUUUUGUGAAAUUUCCGUUUCCGCGAUAAUGGCGUCGACGGAGAUGGGCGGCGGCGACCAUACGGUGGAGCUGAUUGUACGCGAUGUGUCGGCAUCGGAAGCUGAUGCUGUUGGGGUGUCGGAUGAGAUAGCCCCUCUUCUAACGCAGGCUGAGAAGCCCAAGAUUAACAUUUUCACUGUCUCUUAUCCCAGGAGAAAAGCUGGGGAACAAUUAGCAAGAUUACCCGAAGUCGAGACGUUUACAGUUUCUCAAUUGAUAUUGUGGGUAUGGAGUGGUUCUAGAUACUCUGGCCUACUGUGUAUGGCGUUGUCAUCUACCAUUUACUUUGUCAUGGGAGUUCUUUCUGAUGUUUUCUCUGUUCAGUCAAUUCCUUUGUUUGAGACUGCAUUUGUAAGGUGUACAAUUAUCUUAGUAUCGUCAUAUUUUUGGUUAAGAAGGAGCGGACAGCCAAUAUUUGGGCAGCCAAAUGUUAAAAAUCUCUUGAUUUUAAGAGCUUUCAUGGGAUAUCUCUCGUUGAUGAGUUUUAUCUAUAGCAUUCAAAGAUUGCCUUUAUCUCAGGCUAUUGUUUUAAGCUUUACUACUCCGAUUAUGGCUUCAAUUGUGGCAAGAAUCAUUUUACAUGAAAAGUUGAGAAUUGCAGACAUUGGAGGUCUUGCUUGCAGUUUCUUUGGUGUGCUCUUCAUUUUUCGGCAAGUACUGACUACACAAGGAGGGUUAGUUAAAAGUGGGGGAGGGAUCAAUGCAUUUGUGAAGGGAAGCAACCAGUUAUAUGCAGUAUUGCUUGGAUUAUUGUCAGCAAUAUCUGGUGGAAUAAGCUACUGCCUUAUAAGGGCUGGGGCAAAGGCAUCUGAUCAACCUAUGGCUACAGUUUUUUCAUUUGGCAUACUUGCUAGUCCUGCUGCAGGAAUUUGUUCCUUUGCCUUUGAGGAUUUUGUUAUUCCAAGCUUCUAUUCGUUUCCACUUAUGCUUGUACUUGGUGUCCUGGCUUUUUUCGCUGAGGUGUUUUUAGCACGUGGACUUCAGCUUGAAAAAACUAGCAAAGUUGCGAAUGUUCAAUAUAUUGAGGCUGUUCUAUCACAGUUGUGGGCGAUGAGUUUGUUGAGGAUAGCUCCAUCAUUUGGUCGACUUGUAGGAUGCCUGCUUAUUGUAGUUUCAGUGUGUUGCACUAUGUAUAUUGGACCUGAUAAAGAAAUCGAAUAAAAGAAAGAUAUACGGUUUUUUUUGUUUUGUUUGAUAGGCAUGCAUCGAAUUUGGUGCACUCAUUCUUUGUUGUACUCAAACUUGUUAAUCUAUAAAUCUGAAAUGUAUCUACUAGCUUAUAUGCAUUCUCCAAA